ACGAUUCUUCGAUUCUUCUUUUUCAUUCUAAAUUCUAAGUUGCUCCCUUUAUUUCCUUCCUCCCAGUCAACGAAACCAUACGAAGGAAAGGCUCUUGCUUUAUCCAAGUUUCUAUCAUCUCUGAAAACAAUAAUAAAAAGAGGGUUAUGAUGCGAAAUUACCUAAGACGACGAUGAAGGCGAGAUUUUCCCACCUGUUUGAUUGUUGGGUGCGAACACAAAUCCCUAGAUAGUUUGAUGCGUAGGCAGUGUUUGUUGAAAGGCGCUUGUAGUUUGCUACCAUUAAGGGAGUUUUUCCAUUGUCAACAAGAUGGCUUACGAGAUAACUGAACAAAAAAAGAUCGGACUAGGUCUCAUCGGUUUCGGAGUUUUUUUCUCAUUUCUUGGUGUACUCCUGUUCUUUGAUAGGGGCUUGCUUGCUCUGGGAAAUAUACUUUGGUUAGCAGGGGUGGCUCUUCUACUGGGUUGGGGUUCUACGUUGAAGAUAUUCACAAAUAGAUCCAACUACAAGGGUACCUUGUCUUUUCUUCUUGGGCUCUUCUUCAUAUUUGUUCGUUGGCCAAUAGUUGGGAUAUUCUUGGAAAUAUAUGGUUGUAUAGUUCUCUUCGGUGAGUUUUGGCCAUCCGUCAAGGUUUUUCUCUAUCAGAUUCCUGUUUUUGGGUGGAUUCUACAAUAUCCUGUUAUGCUUCUUGAUCGCCUGAGGAGUUGAUACUUGAUUUGGGCUAAUCAAAUUUAUGGAUCAGAACAGGGUUGUCAUCCCCUGCUAUUGGCCGUAGUUAAAUCUCUGAUGAUUCCAAGCUGAAUUUUUAAGUGCUCGAAGAAUCCAACAUUUAGAUGAGAGGAUGUUAAAAAACUUGGAUAUCAUUUGUUGACAGCAACAUAGGGAAGCAAUUUUCCAUUUCUUUCAGAAUUUAUAUGUUUUCAAAUGAAUUGUGUAAAAUGUGGUGUUCAAUUAUGCCAAGCUUGUAACUGUCUGGCUCAAUCUUAUGGUCCAUGGCGCUCAAAAACUUUUAAUUAUUGCUAGAUUUGUAGCAUUUUCAGUAGUUUUUUGUGCCUUUGAGAUGGUAAUAAAAGUCUUUAUUUAUUUAUUUA